AUGGACAAGCAGAUCUCCAACAUCAUUAACACGGCCCAUAUGCAUCUCAGGAACAUUGGAAGACUCCGCAACUAUCUGAGUGCUGAUGCUACUUCAAAACUUGUCCUAUCUCUGGUCAUGUCCCGAGUAGAUUACUGCAACAGCCUCCUCAACAACGUCAACAAAGAUCAGCUACGUCGCCUUCAAGCCCUCCAAAACACUGCUGCAAGAAUCAUUACAAAGUCUAAAGUCUUCGAUCACAUUACUCCAAUUCUAAAUGAUUUACACUGGCUACCAAUCACCGCAAGAAUUGACUACAAAACUAUUGUAAUGACGUACAAGUGUCUCAACGGAAUGGCCCCUGACUACCUCGCAGAGUUACUGCCCCUGUAUCAGCCCUCACGCUCACUGAAAUCACAAACCAAAUGCUAG